AUGCAUUUUAUCGUUCGCGAACUUGAUAAUUUUGAAGAUUUAAAUCAUUCAUCAACAUCCAUCAUUAAUUAUAAUCCACAGAUUGAUUUGCCAUCAUUAGAAAAUUCAACGAUGGCACAUAUGCUUGUUCAACAACAACAAACCCAUCGUACACCAAAUAUGAAUUUACAUCAAACAACAUCAACUGAAAAUGAAAGUCUUUUACCAAUGUCUCAUUCAGUUGAUGAUCGUAUAUUCUAUUAUAAACCAGAUUCAACAAGUAUACUACAUUUUCUUCAAAGAUUUGCAUCCGAACCACAUUUACCUAUGUAUCCUUCAACAUCAAAUGGAUAUUUGAAUAAAACUUCACCAUCUUCAUCGUUAUCAAAUAUAUUUUUACCAGUAAAUGAGACCAAAGAAGAACAAGAACAAGAAGUAAAUACUAUUAAUUGUGACACAAUUCAACCAGUAACGAUAAAAGAUGUUAAAAGUGAUACAUCAGAUACUAUUUCAUCAAAAAUAAUUGUUCCGAAAUUAAAUGAAGAUAUUUUAUUGAAAACAAAUUCAAUAUUGAAUACAGAACGUCAUUUUCGCAGGCGAAAACGUCGUUCUUCAUUAACACAUUCUUUAUCAAUUGAUGAUUCUGAACUUCUGAAAACAGAUUCUAUUGCAAAAAUUGAUGACAAUAAUAAUAACAAUAAUGAGGAGGAGGAAAAAUUACAAGAAAUUAGUACAGAUUCACAAUCACUUUCAUUAGAAAGUCUACAAUUAAAUGAAAAUAAUGAGAAAAAAGAUAUUUCAGUGGAAACUGAAGAAUCAAAUGAAAUCAUAACACCUCCAAGUCAACUUCGAUCAAGAAGAUUAAGAUAUCGAUUCCAUCGUCACACACCAUCCAUCACCACUCAAGAAUCUAUACCUGAUAGUCCUGUUGAAUUUUUUAUAUCUGAUGAAACACCUAGCUCACCACAAUCACAACCACAACCACCUACACCACCCCUGUCACCAACAACUACUAUAUCUUCAACUACUACUUCUUCAAAUACUCUAUCCGGUGGUCUUAAACGUAAUGCUUCAAUAGGAACAACAAAAAAGAUGGUUCGUUUUGCUGAUUCAUGUGGUCGUGAAUUAGCUCAAGUGCAAUAUAUUCAAUCACCAACUGAUGAUAAUUCAAAAGAUAUUCUAUAUACAAAAAAUCGUCGUUGUAUUCCAACAACAUUAGAUUUUGAACCGAAACCAUGGUCAUUCGAUUUUGCAUCAACAUCAAAACAAAAUACUGAUAUUCGAAAAACAAAACGAUUCUUUUGUUUAUAUCGUCAACCAAAUUCCGAACAUCCAGAUAUAUAUUUACAUGAAAUAUGGAAAUCCCAAAUAAAAUUAGAACAUGCUGAUAUACGUCCGAAAUCUACAUUAACCGGUGAACAAUCUCUUUAUGGUACAGUAUGGGUAACAAAUUGUGGUUAUUGGAAGAAUGUUACUGUUAAAUAUUCAUUUAACCGUUGGUUAAAUACAUAUGAAUAUGAAGCACAACAUCGUUGUCAUUCAAAUGAUUUUCGUAAUAUUGAUCAAUUUGAUUUUAGUAUUGAUAUACCUCAAGAUGUUGAUAGAAUUGAUUUUGUUCUACGUUACCAUGUUAAUGGACAAGAACAUUGGGAUAAUAAUGAAGGAAAAAAUUAUACAAUUGAAACUGAAUCUUCUUCGGUACCUCAAACAACAAUUUCAUUACCACAUGAUUGUGAUUUUAAUGAAAUGAGGUUUUAUUAG